AUGCGGUUUCCUGUGGAAGCACCGUCACCUUAUGCUUCUCGUCGUUACACGCCGGACAUUGCCGGAAACGACUCCAUGCAAAUGACCAACAUGAAACACGAAGAAUGCAAUGCUCGGAGUAGCUUUAGAGACGAAUAUGCUGACGAUCUCGGCGAGCGUCAGAGAAACUACAUUUUAACCGACAACUUCAAUAAGCGGCUUUGUACAAUAAAUUUUGAAGUUGCAUCGUCAACUGAUGCAUUCAAGGGUGGCAGCAAUCGAGGGAGGAAUGCCUGGCCAUCAUAUCGACGUUCCAACUCGGAAGAGUCGCCAAGAACACCGUUGAUCGAGACGCCUUAUCCGAUGAUGGUUCAGUCGAGCAUGCCGCUACCCCCACGAUUCUCUGAUAGCUCGCCGAGAUUGGCUGCUUACGUUCCAGGUCGUUUAUUCGGGAGAGAUGGUGGCAUUAGGGGUAGCUUUUUGCCUUCCUCUCCGUUUGCAGCAAAGCGCACUGACACAGACAUUCCGCUGUUUCCCCAAGAGCCAUCAGUAUUCACUGCGCCAAAACGAAAGCAAUCACUAGCACCUAAAACCCCGUUUAUGUUACUGCAUGAGAAGUUUCCAUCGAUAACUUCUUCGAUGAAGCCCCGUUUCCGUUGCACGGCUGAAAUAUCGGGUGAAACGUUUGUGGGUGAAGCCAGAAGUAAAAAGUUAGCUAAGCAAAUCAUGGCUCAUAGGGCUGUCGAAAAGUUGAUUCCGGAAACAGAA